CAGCUUUUCAGCUACACGAGCUAUAUUCGAAGUUUUCUGGCUGAGUUUGACAGGUCAGAGUGGGAAGUUAAUUAAUUAUUCCUUUUCAAUCGUACGUCAUACUUGCGCAUGGUAAUCUAUGAAUUUAGGCGUAUUCAACAGGGUUAAUCUCAAGGAUUCUGGAGGAGGAAUGUAUUCAGAAUGGGCCUCCCUGAGCACACUGGUUCAGAAUGGCUCAGAGGACAGCCAGAGCGUUUUAAAAAAAUUCCACCCUGUAGCUGGACGAGAAGUAGCGCUCUCGAUCGUUCGUCAGCUAGCUACUAAUCUUGGCAUAACACAGGCAGCUGAGCACAGCCCGUUGACUACGGAUCGAGAAGUUCAGUGGUGUAUGGAAGUCAUUUGCUUCGGACUUUCGUUGCCAUUGGCGGAGCAUGAUACUGUCAGAGACUGUGUUAAUGUCUAUUGCGAAUGGCUAUCUGCUCUGUAUUCAUCGCCAAAAAUUUCUGUACCAAGACCCAUUGUCGAGGACCCAAAUUUUUAUGCACGUAAAAUAAUCAGCCACUUCCAUAAUUUAUUUGUACCAAGAAAGGGAGAAGUCUGGCCAUUUUUGUACCAGGAUUUAGGGGCUGACACAAUAAAUAGACAAGCUGUGCUAUGUCACAGGGUGCUCAGAACUCUCCAGCAAGUCGCAAGAGGACCUGCAACUUUGGAGAGAGAAACAUGGGAAAGCUUAUUAUUGUUUUUAAUUGGAAUAAACGAUGCUUUAUUAGCGCCACCUGCUGUUAGAGAGGAUGCAGGUGAACAGCUAUGUGAAAGAGUUCUUGGUGUAUUGUUGGAGGUAUGGCUCGUCGCCUGUGAACGCAAUUUUCCAUCUCCUCCACUGUGGCGCACAUUACGAGAAUCGUGUUUACGAUGGCGUCAUAGAUUAGCUCUGGUAGAGCAAUGGAAUCGUGUUUGUUUAGCUCUGACCGCAAAAUUACUGCAAGUUAUGUACGGUCCAAUGUUUCCAGAAUUAAAAAUCAGUGACGAAGACGCACACCUGGUACCUCAAACAAUGUCUGAUGAAGCAGUGGCACAAUCGUGGUACAGAUUACUACGAACUGUUGGCGAUCCAGUAGAUUUGUGCAGACCAGCUGUAGUAUCUCAAACACAAGCAUUUUUACAGUACGCUAUCGCUAGUCAAAACGUGGUUGAUCCAUGCCAGCAUCCCUGCUUACAGGGCUUACCACAAAUAUUUCUAAAGGCUAUCAAAGGUAUUGCUGGUCAAGUUGAUGCUUUUUUGGGGGUAUCACAGGCUUGCUGCUGGGAGGAGUGUUGCAUCACUAGUGUUGCAUCUGCAAGUGGCGGAGGUGGUGGUGUGGCGGGAGAUAAAGCUGGCGGUAAAGAUCAGCCACAGCCCUCCCCCACACCACCAACACAGCGAAGACUGGCCAAAAGUUUCAGUGUCACACCUUCUGCUGUUACUAAGGGAAUCCCAAAAGCUUCUCUAAUUGGAUUAACAACAAGUCGCAUAUCUAGCAACCCGCCUGCAUCGACCCCCAACUCUGGCCCCUCAUCAACUUCGAGCAUAACGUCUGUAACAUCGCUAGGCCAAGACAUCAGGCCUCCAUUAGCACCAGGAAGGCCAAAAUGUAACAGUAUAUUACAUUUGUUUGGAGAAUGGCUUUUCGAAGCAGCUUUUAUAGGCACAGAUGGAUGGUCACAAAAUUUGCCUCAGCCAUCAGGUGCUUCAAAGCGUCCAUCAUCAGUUCUUGUCGAUGGACCAAGUUCAUUGCAAGAAACAACUAGUGAAAUCCCACCAUCGCUUGGUAUUGACCGCUAUGAAUCAGGUAGAGCCGAAGCUAUGGGAGCACUUUGCAGGAUAUUUUGUGCAAAGAAGACUGGGGAAGAAAUUUUGCCAGUUUAUUUAGCUAGAUUCUAUCAAGCUAUGUAUCACGGCCUUAAAAUAAACGAGACACGAGAAUGUGGAGAAACUUUGGCCAGUAUUUUGUUAAAUUCAGCAGACUUAUUUCGUCUUGAUCUUGACGGUGUACAAGUAUUGGUGCCAGCCGUUAUAUCUGCUUUGGAAAUUGUGCUACCAGAAAAGGAACUGAAAUUAAAGUCAAAUGCUGUGUCCAGAAUCGAAUUGAGAAGAGCUUCCAUACAUCUGCUGAUAUCUAUGCUGACACUUCCGCUAAAUCUACAGAACUUGCCUAUCAAGGAGUUACCAUCUUUAACAGCGAUAAUCAAUCAGGAGAAGAAUCCAGUGACGUUUGUACAAUUAAAACCCAGACUCAUGAACUUGCUAAUAAAUGCAUUACAGGUCGAAUCUGAUCCCUUAAACACGCACAUGCUCUUAGGGGGGUUGAUGUUGAGCGUACAAGACUCGGCAGCUGCUGAAGAGGUUGAACAAGUAACUCAACCUGAUACAAUCACCAGUGAUACUACAACUAAUUUGCUAUCAUCAGGUUGUGUUCCGUUGCGCAUUCACCAUUGUACCAUCAUCACCUGCUUGAUAGUCGCCAGUGAUUCAACAAGUCAAGUAAGCAUUUCCAGUGAUCUACGUUCACUUGGAGAUGGCUCUGAUAUUGUCACACUUCAAGAGGAAAACUCUGCCUUUGGUAAAUACUUUGAUUCUGCACAUGCUCUUUUUGUAAGAGCCACAUACUUGGUAUGUCACAGAUUAAUAUCAUCGUGGAAAACAGACUUGAACAUUUCAUUAGCAGCAUUAGAAUUGCUAGCAGGUUUAGCAAGGACGCAUAUUCGAGAGACAGCUCGGAAGCUAACAGAUGCUCUUGAGUGUAAACGAGCAGUAAAAUGGUUGUGUGAUUAUAUCACUUACCAAUGUUGGCGACCACCACCAGCUCAUUCUAAGGACUUGCAUUCAUCUAUUGUCGCAGCGUUCACUUGUCUAACCACAUGGUUAUCUGCUCACCCACAAUUAUUACAAGACAAGGAUUGUCUUACAACAGUUUUGGAAGUAGUUGAAUUAGGUGUGUCUGGUACCAAGAGCAUUGGCAAGCCAGGAGAGCCAAUUAAAAUGAAAGAUGAAAAAGAAUUAAAACCAGCAUCAAUGCGAGUUAGAGACGCAGCUGAUGCACUCCUGACAAUUAUAUUAGAACAGGUAGGAUAUUUUCCAAGUGCCUGCGGAGCGCAAUCUCUUUCUUCCCUACUUGACGAGGUUUUGCUACUUCGUCACUGUAACAGCUGGACGGGCGGCCGCGUAGCUCGACAAGCUGCAGUUGAACGAUUCCGUUACUUUGUAGCUGAAAAUGCUACGAUGCUAGCUCUGCUCGAAGAGCCGUUAGGGAAUGAUCAGGAUCCACAACCUACUGUUACAGUGUUAAUAAGAGGUCCAUUCGGUCGACAUGCGUGGACAAUGCAACUUAGACAUUUACCCAGGCACAAAUCCAGCGUGAGAAGUAUGAACACAAAUCCUGGGCGCCCAUUGCCUUUGGCUGAGGCUACACCAAGACCAGAUUAUAAGCCGAGAUUUUUCCCUGAUAAUGUUGAUCGCAUUCCACAUUGUAGAGUGGAUGAGUCAAUACCAAGCUUGGAUGCAGUAAUGAAUGAUAAUGAUACAGUAAAAAACGAGCAUCAUCUUUUGUCACAAUUACUGGAGAGACAAAUCAAUCUGGAAUCAAAGUCCAGUAAUGAUUUGGCUCGAAACGCAGAUGACAAGAUUGAAGAAUGCACCCCGCCAAAAAUUUGUCACGAAUUUCAAACAGCCAGAUUGUUCCUCAGCCAUUUUGGAUUCUUGAAUUUAGACCAAAAUGACAACGAAAAUUCUACCACGAGCGGGCUCACAGCUUUGGAUCCGUCAAUGCCUGGAUUCUGCACAGACUUGGAAAGUUUGGACCACACAAGUCCGAGAACCUGCGACACAGUACACGUAUUUUACGUUCGAGCUGGUCAAAAAUCUGCUGAAGAAAUACUCUCUAAUGUGCUACAUGAAACGAGCGUAUCUCCACAUUUUUUGGAGUUCCUGAGUUCACUUGGCUGGCCAGUCUCAGUGUCAUCUCAUGCAGGAUGGACAGGACAUGUCUCUACAUCGUGGCGUGCUACAAUUCCAGUUACUGUACCGCAACCGGCUCAUAGCGAUCAUGGCGGUGCUUUGUAUAAUGGCGACACGCAUAUUUUAUACUGGGCUGAUGUGAGCUCAGAAGUGGCGUUUAUAGUGCCGACACAUUUGAUGGGGAACAUGAGCUCCGAUUCCAUUGAUGAGUCUAAUUAUAAUAGCGAUAUAAGCGGUGGCCAAGCUUGGUUCGAGCGAAGCGUUAGUGAAAGUGCUGGAACCCGUUCGUAUUCGGUUAAUCAGUCAGGAAGUCAAAAUUCUCGAACUAUGUCGUUAGACCUUGACAAACAGCCUCCCAGUUUACCAGGCUCUGGUCCAUCCAGCACAUCAAGUGGGGAUCCAAUUAAACCUAGAAGAAGCACGAAGCACAGUCUCCCUAUGCAAACUGAUACAAGAAUAUUAGUUGUUUGGCUAGAGAGCUUAGAAGAUCACUUGCAAUUUCCAAUCGCUGACCUUCUAUCUUGCACUCAUACUGGUCUCGAGCAUUCCAAUGGUGUAAGGCCUUCUGACGUUCAAGUCAUUUUUUUACAUUCACUGUCGAGUGGUUUGAUGAGAGUAAGACUACAAGGCCCUGUAUCUAGAAUAAAUUUAGCUACUCCAUUGGUUGAUGGCAUGGUGCUGUCUCGACGGGUGUUGGGCACAUUAGUCAGACAAACCGCUUUAAAUAUGGGACGUCGAAGAAGGCUGGACAAUGAUAGCUAUCACCCACCGCAUGUUCGCAGACGAUUGAAGGUCCAAGACAUGGUUCAAAAAUACCGAUGCAACCUUAGUCAGCCCGAAUUGUUAACAUUUUUGUUCAGCAGUCCUCAAAAUUAAAAAAAAAAACAGUUUAUUGUCUCUAUUAGUACUUUUGCUGCAACAAUACC